AGGGGGGCUGGGAAAGUUGAGGCCGCGCUGCCGCCGGGUCUCCUGCCUAGAGGGCUCCGGCUCGCAGCGCAGGCGGCGGCCGCAGGAAGAGGCGGCGGGGCGGGGGGAGAGGAGGGCCUGGGCCCGCGCUCCCCCAGCCCCAGAGGAGCCGGCGCCGGCCGCAGAGGGAGAGGUUCGCCGGGGCGGUCGGACAGCCCUGCCUUACGCGCCUGGGAUCAUGACCCGGGCGGGGGUCGCCGCUGCCGCUGCCGCCGCCGCGGCCGAGACCGCGCAGCCCGCGGUAAGAAGAAAACAUAACUUAUAGACCAUCUUCUGGCAGAAGAUGAUAGAUUUGGAUCAUAAACAGGAGGCGUUGGAAGCCAGGAAUCAAAAGUGAAGAAAUUCUGCAAGCCCUUGGGUCCCUAUCAUUGUAACCAUGCCAGAAAUGACAGAAAAUGAGACUCCUACAAAAAAGCAGCACAGAAAGAAAAACCGGGAGACACACAAUGCAGUGGAGAGGCAUAGGAAGAAGAAAAUCAAUGCUGGGAUUAACAGAAUCGGAGAGCUGAUCCCAUGUUCCCCUGCGCUGAAGCAGAGCAAGAAUAUGAUCCUGGACCAAGCCUUUAAAUAUAUAACAGAAUUGAAAAGGCAAAAUGAUGAAUUCCUGCUUAAUGGAGGAAAUAAUGAACAAGCUGAAGAAAUUAAAAAGCUUCGUAAACAAUUGGAAGAAAUUCAAAAAGAAAACGGCCGAUAUAUUGAAUUACUGAAAGCAAAUGACAUAUGUUUAUAUGAUGAUCCCACAAUCCACUGGAAAGGAAAUCUUAAAAACUCAAAGGUCUCUGUUGUUAUUCCCAGUGACCAGAUUCAGAAAAAUAUUAUUGUUUAUUCCAGUGGGAGUCAGCCUGGUGGCAACAGCCAGGGAGCAGCUGUUCAGGGGAUAACCUUUAAUGUUGGCCAUAAUUUACAAAAGCAAACCGCCAAUGUGGUGCCAGUGCAGAGGACUUGCAAUCUUGUGACUCCUGUGUCUAUUUCUGGAGUUUACCCUUCUGAAAACAAGCCAUGGCAUCAGACCACAGUUUCUGCAUUGGCUGCCAACCAGCCUGUUCCUCUUUGUCUUCCGGCUACCAUUCCUGCUCAAAAUAUUCUCAAGCUUGCCACCUCCAAAAGCGAUUCACGUGUGCUUGGUGCCACCAGGGGCUCACUGGUUGCUGUUCCCGUAGGACCUGAACCUUGCCAACAUCGGUCCUUGCACACAAGUAUAAAUGAUCAAAAUUCUUCUGAAAAUAAGAACGGGAAAGAGAAUCCCAAAUUAUUGAAAAAAACAGUCCCUUGUGCCACAAGCGUCCCCUCCAGCUCCUCAGCAACUACCACUAAAGUGAACCCUGGAGACAAGUCCUGCCUGAGCACACAGGAUUUGAGAAGUGAUUUUCAAACCACCUUUGUUGUUUCAGUUACCACGACAGUCUGCUCCCAGCCUCCCAGAUCUGCAGGUGAUUCCGGUCCAGUGAGCAUUAGCAAGGGUGCAGACUCCACAAGCGUUACUGCCGUGGUGGCCCCGUCUGUCCCUGGAGGAGGGAAGACCACUGCUCCUGUGAGCAGUCCUUCUGCAAACCCUUUGGAUAAUGGUUGGACUCUUUCUUGUUCUUUGCCUUCUUCAGCUGUUAGUGCUUCAGAUUUGAAAAACAUUAAUAGCCUUACUCGAAUUUCCUCAUCUGGAAACACACAGACAACGUGGACUACUUUGCAACUGGCAGGAAACACUAUUCAGCCCUUAAGCCAGACACCAUCUUCUGCUGUGACUCCAGUAUUAAAUGAGUCUGGUACUAGCCCCACCACAAGCAAGCACGGUAGACAUAUGGCUACAAGCAUCAACUUGAAUAAUUCCUUUCCAGCAGAUGGGCAGCCAGUUGAGCAAGUAGUUGUAACCUUGCCUUCUUGUCCAUCAUUACCUAUGCAGCCAGUUAUUGCCCAGCCACAAGUUAAAUCUCAGACCCCCCCAAAUAUCCUCCCAUUGAAUUCAGCAAUGCAAGUGAUUCAGAUGGCUCAGCCAGUAGGGACAGCUGUUAAAGCAGCUCCAGCUAAUCAAAACGUCAUCAUUCUUCAGCCACCCAGCACCACUCCAUGCCCAACAGUGAUGAGGGCAGAGGUUACCAAUCCAACUGUAGGUCAACAGAUAGUAAUCAUACAGGCAGCUAAUCAGAAUCCUUUGCCACUCCUCUCAGCUCCACCUCCUGGUUCUGUUCGACUCCCUGUCAAUGGAGCCAGUGCUAUAAUAGGGUCUAAUUCCGUGCAAAAUGUUCCGACCCCACAAACUUUUGGUGGAAAGCAUCUUGUCCACAUAUUACCAAGACCUUCAUCUUUAUCAACAUCUAAUUCAACACAAACUUUUUCUGUUACCAUGUCAAACCAACAACAGCCUCAAACCAUUUCUUUAAAUGGACAGCUCUUUGCUUUGCAGCCUGUGAUGUCUUCAUCAGGAACUACAAACCAAAACCCUAUGCAAAUUAUUCAACCCACCACCAGCGAAGAUCCAAAUACCAAUGUUGCCCUGAACACAUUUGGCGCUUUGGCCAGCCUCAAUCAAAGCAUAUCACAAAUGGCUGGGCAAAGCUGUGUACAAUUGUCUAUUAGCCAGCCUGGCAAUCCCCAAACUACUGCAAAUAGUCAAACCACCCCAGCUAACUGUGCUUCAUUAACAGCAACUGUAGCAUCUCCCAUGACAACAGAUACUUCAGCCACACUACCCAGUACUUAUAAUCUAGUGACUACUCCCUCAGUGAACACUGUAGCUUGUUUGCCUAACGUGAAGUCAAAAAGGUUGAGUAAGAAACCAGGUGUCAAGAAACACUUAGCAGCUAACAAGUCAGCAUGCCCCCUGAAUCCAGUCAGCAAUGUGGGCCAGGCGGACUGCCCCAGUACUGAAGGCUCAGCAGAGCCACCAUGUAAUGAUGGACUGCUGGAAAGCCCCCCUCUUGUGGUGCCAUCUGUCACUAUGUCCCAGGCAAAGAGUACUGUGAGUGUUUCUGGUUCACCUUCUUUGGAUGUUCUGAAUUCGGAAUCAGUGAUACCUGAGUCUGUACCCAAAUCUAAGUCAGCAGAAGAGUCUAACUCACCCUGUCAAGAAUCUAUAACAAGUGAACAUUUUGCGGUGGCCCCAGCACAAUCCAAAGAUUCUGUCCCCAUAGUGCAACGAGAGACUUCUCAGGAUAAGCCACCAACUAGUUUGGCAUUGUCUGAUGCUCCCAAAUUUGGUAAUUCAGCUAACGUGUUGAUUCCAUCUCCAAAUGAUCCCCAUGUUUUGGUUUCUCAGGUUUCUGGUUCAUCAUCUACCACAAGCACUACAAGUACUGACUGUGUUUCUGAGGUAGAAAUCAUUGCUGAACCUUGCGGAGUUGAGCAAGAUUCAUCGGAUAGAAUGCAAACUACAGGUCUCUUAAAGGAACAAGGUUUAACUGCAUUGCUGUCUGGUCUUGCUAAAGAAAAAGACCCUCAGAAAUCAUCUCUUUCAGUCCAGGUGGACCAUCCUGACUUUUCUUCAGAAAAUUCUAAAAUAAUUGAUUCAAGUAUUGAUUUGCAUUCCAAACAGGAACUGUUACUGAUGAACAGUGAUGAUAGAGAUCCAGGACAGCAUCAUUCCUGCAUCCCUGAUCAGGAGAUUAUUCAUGGCUCCUUGCUUACCAGUAGGCAGGCUGACUCUCCCAUGUCAACCAGCUCGGGCAGUAGUCGUAGUUUCUCAGUUGCAUCCAUGCUUCCUGAAACAACUAGAGAAGAUGUCACCAGCAAUGUAACAACUAAUACAUGUGACAGCUGUACCUUUGUAGAGCAAACUGAUAUAGUCGCUCUUGCAGCAAGAGCUAUUUUUGACCAGGAAAACCUUGAGAAAGGAAAAGCUGGUACCCAGGCUGAUACAAGGGAAGUUACUUCAAAGCCUUCUGAAGCAUCAUCUUUAGAGGGAGACCAGCCUUUUAAAACACAGGUCUCUAAAGAGAAUAGCCCAGGUCAGGCAGAAGCAACACCAAAUGAAUUUAGUUCUCAGGAUUCAAUUGAAGCAACUGUGGAUAGGCCCCUUGAAAAACCAAGUUGUUCGGUAGGAAGUAAAACAUCAAAUGCCUCUUUGCAGGUUUCGAAUUCUCAGCCACCAAGCAUUACCAGUUUAAGUGUGAAUAAUCUUAUCCAUCAGAGCAGCAUCAGCCAUUCUCUUGUCAGCUGUGCUGGAUUGUCUCAGACUUCAGAGUCAACAACUGUUUCUGCUACAGUUAAUCUGACUGUUUCAUCUAGUUCCUAUGGCGGUCAGCCUCCUGGACCAUCUCUGAUGACUGAAUAUUCUCAAGAACAACUAAGCACUAUGACUGGUACUGUACCAACUUCACAGAUUCAAGAGCCACUCUUAAAGCCAAGUCAUGAAAGCCGUAAAGACUCUGCAAAACGUGCUGUCCAAGAUGACCUUCUACUAUCUUCAGUGAAACGUCAAAAGCAUUGUCAGCCAGCCCCCCUCAGGCUUGAAGGUAUGUCCCUGGUUAGCCGAACUCCAGACAGCAUUUCUGAUCAUACUCAAAUGAUGGUUAGUCAGAUCCCUCCCAACUCUUCAAACUCAGUUGUGCCUAUUAGCAACCCAGCACAUGGAGAUGGCCUUACGCGAUUAUUUCCACCUAGUAACAACUUUGUGGCCCCUGCAUUGAGGCAAACUGAAGUUCAGUGCAGUUCUCAGCCUUCGGUUGCUGAGCAGCAGCAAACCCAGGCCAGUCAACAUCUGCAGGUCCUGCAACAGCAUGUUCCAGCUCAAGGGGUAUCUCACCUGCAUAGUAACCAUCUCUACUUAAAGCAGCAGCAGCAGCAGCAGCAGCAGCAACAGCAGCAACAGCAGCAGCAAGCAGGGCAGUUAAGGGAGAGGCAUCACUUAUAUCAACUGCAGCAUCACAUACCUCAUGCAGAGAGCUCUGUCCACUCUCAGCCCCAUAAUGUCCACCAACAGAGAACUCUGCAACAGGAAGUUCAUAUGCAGAAAAAGAGGAAUCUUGUUCAGGGCACUCAAGCCUCCCAGCUUUCGUUACAACCGAAGCACCAUGGAACUGACCAAUCCCGACCCAAGAGUGGUCAGCCACAUCCCCACCAUCAGCAGAUCCAGCAACAGAUGCAGCAACACUUUGGAAGCUCCCAGUCAGAAAAGAGUUGUGAAAACCCUUCAACUAGCCGGAACCACCCUAACCAUCCCCAAAACCAUCUCAAUCAAGAUAUUAUGCACCAGCAACAGGAGGUUGGAAGCAGGCAGCAAGGCUCAGGGGUUUCUUCUGAACAUGUAUCUGGGCAUAAUCCAAUGCAGAGGCUCUUAACAUCAAGAGGCAUAGAGCAGCAGAUGGUGUCCCAACCAAGUAUUGUGACUAGACCUUCAGACAUGACCUGUACUCCACACAGACCAGAAAGAAAUAGAGUUUCAAGUUAUUCUGCCGAGGCACUCAUUGGAAAGACAUCUUCUAAUUCAGAGCAGAGAAUGGGUAUAUCGAUUCAGGGUUCUAGAGUUUCAGAUCAGCUUGAAAUGAGAAGUUAUCUUGAUGUACCCAGAAAUAAGAGUUUGGCCCUUCAUAAUAUGCAGGGUCGUGUGGACCAUACUGUUGCCUCAGAUAUCCGCCUGUCUGAUUGUCAGACAUUUAAACCAACUGGAGCCAUUCAACAGCCCCAGAGUAAUUUUGAAGUACAGUCUUCAAGAAAUAAUGAAAUAGGUAACUCUGUAUCGUCAUUGAGGAGUAUGCAGUCUCAGGCUUUUCGAAUUAGUCAAAACCCUGGUCCACCACCAAUUGACCGCCAAAAGAGAUUACCUUAUCCACCAGUUCAUAGCAUCCCAACAGGAAAUGCUAUCCCAACAAGGGAGAGUGAAAAUACAUGUCAUCAAAGUUUCAUGCAGAGUUUGCUUGCCCCUCACCUUGGUGAUCAGGUCAUUGGGAGCCAGAGAUCACUCUCGGAACAUCAGAGGAAUGCACAGUGUGGUCCCUCCCCUGCAGUUGAAUAUAAUUGUCCCCCAACUCAUGAAAGUGUCCAUAUUAGAAGAGAGAGUGAGAAUCAGAAUAGGGAAAGUUGUGACAUGCCCCUAGGUGCAAUUAACACCAGGAACAGCACCUUGAAUAUCCCUUUUUCGAGUUCUUCUUCCUCAGGAGAUAUUCAAGGUCGAAACACAAGUCCCAAUGUUUCUGUGCAGAAGUCCAAUCCCAUGAGGAUCACUGACAGUCAUGGGACCAAGGGCCACAUGAAUCCUCCAGUCACAACCAACAUGCAUGGGGUUGCAAGGCCAACUUUGCCACAUCCAUCUGUGUCUCAUGGAAAUUCUGAUCAAGGGCCUCCUGUACGUCAAACUAAUUCUUCAGUUCCCCAACGAUCAAGGCAUCCCUUGCAAGACAGCAGUGGCUCCAAAAUUCGUCAACCUGAAAGGAAUCGUUCUGGAAAUCAAAGGCAUAGUAAUGUCUUUGAUCCGAGUCUUCCCCAUCUGCCCCUCUCUGCUAGUGGCAGUAUGAUUCUUGGACGCCAGCAACCCACUACAGAGAAGAGAGGAAGUAUUGUUCGUUUCAUGCCUGAUAGUCCUCAAGUACCUAAUGAUAAUUCAGCACCUGACCAGCAUACACUAUCACAAAAUUUUGGUUUUCCUUUUAUUCCUGAGGGUGGCAUGAAUCCACCAAUAAAUGCUAAUACUUCUUUCAUUCCACAGGUUACUCAGCCUAGCGCCACUAGAACUCCAGCACUCAUCCCUGUAGAUCCCCAAAAUACUCUACCUUCCUUCUAUCCCCCGUACUCUCCUGCUCACCCUACACUGUCCAAUGAUAUUUCGAUCCCCUAUUUUUCAAAUCAAAUGUUCUCAAAUCCUAGCACAGAGAAGGUAAACAGUGGGAGUUUAAAUAACCGAUUUGGAUCAAUUUUAUCUCCUCCAAGACCUGUUGGUUUUGCUCAACCAAGUUUUCCUCUUCUCCCUGAUAUGCCACCAAUGCACAUGCCCAACUCUCACUUAUCCAAUUUUAAUAUGACAUCUUUGUUUCCAGAAAUAGCUACAGCUCUUCCUGAUGGCUCAGCAAUGUCACCUUUGCUUACAAUCGCAAACUCCUCUGCUUCUGACUCUUCCAAGCAGUCCUCAAACCGACCUGCCCACAACAUAAGCCAUAUUUUAGGUCAUGACUGCAGUUCAGCUGUUUAAAUACUGAUAGACUAAGUGUAAAUGUCACAGGUGAGAUUACAAAUGUAUUUGUAUGUACAUGCACACAUACAUGCACAUGGAGAGAGAAUUGUGUGUGUAUGUUUUUGUGUUUUCAUAAUCAAUUUGCAGUUCUGAAUGUAGGAAAGCUGUGUCAAAUGAUGCGAAUACUGGGUUGUCAAAAACAAAUUACCUUUCAUUUUUAAUUGCAUGAUGUGCUUUUUAAAUUUUCCAAGCAGAUUCGCAUUUUCAAGUUUGAUUUGUAAUGUUAUAUUCCCUAAAUAUUAAUUAGCUGGAAGUUGGGGAGAUCAUCUUGGGGUGUGUUGAAUAGUAAGAAGGACCUCGAUUUUGAACUUUGUUGUUGAAAAUUUGUAAAGUAGUUGAAAUAGUUGAGUUGUUCUAAAAAAAAAUGCAGAUAGUCCCAGAAAACACAAUACUCAUAACCAAAUGCUGGUUGAUGUCAGCAUCUAGAACAGUUUCCUAUCCAUGACAGGUAUUGAAUUAAUACAGAAUGUAUAUCCAUGGUUACAGUCAAGCAAAUAAAUGAGUUGUUUAAUCAGCCUUUAUUCCCAAGAUUUGGUUUAGGUAGAGGCUUCUUUCUUAAUUAUAACAAUUACGUAGUUAUCUGAAUUUCAUGUUCCGUUCUUCAAAUUAGGAAGCCAUGUUAUCCUUUAAUGUGCCAAGAUCCUUAAAGAUAGAAAGUUAAAAAGAAAAGUACAUAGAUAUUCUCCAUGUUGUACUUGCAUUUUGCAUUAGCCCAUAAGGAUAAGAGCAGUUGUGGAGUUUUGCAUGUGUUCAGUUAAAAAUUGUUUCAUAAGUUGAGUUUUGUUUUUAUAUUCUCUCUUCAUUCUAUUUAUUGAUUUUAAAGUAAAUUCUUUUACAUUUGUUUAAUUGGUAGGGACUGAUCAGUAAAUAGUGUCUUUGGAAUCUACGGAGUUAUUUGAGCCCUACUUUUUAAAUAUUUCUUUGCAAAGUCUUAAGCUCUGUCCUUAUUUUCAUUUACUGAUAUUUUUAUUUAAAAUAUGGCAUUGUAUAUUGCAUUAUUAUCCUUCAUAGUAGAAUUAUAAGAAGAUGAAUUUGUUCAUUAUUUUUCCUGAUGGCAGAUGUGAAAUGGUGCUUCAGAAAUCGUCUUUAUACUAGUAUAUGUCUGUAUGUAUGUGUGAGUGUGUGUGUAUAUACCCAGAUUUUAAAGUAUAAACUGGUUGUUUAAAAAUAGGCCUACCAUCAGAAAUUGGGAAAUUGAGACCCAAGACCUGCUGAAGUAUACAGAAACUUGAUGUAGGGGCCUUAAAAAGCCCCACUGAGGUUAAUAAUAAAUCUAAAAAAAAUAUAUGUAUAUAUUCAUAUAUUGAAUUUGAAAACUUAAACUAAGUCAACAACGAUAUAUGCUCAUAUUCUCAAACCCACUUCUUUUUUGUUGUUAUAUUCUGCCAAAACUGGAUGGAGUGGGAAAGAUGCAUAUAAAUUGUUCUGUCUUCUCUGUUAACAAAGUGAACCCAAGAACCAGCAAUUUUUUUUCCUUCUUAAAAAAGCCUCCUAGGGCUUGGUUAGAGCAGUGACUCCAGUGAAUACCUCUUCUAAAGACUCAGCAAAAGGGUCAUCUGUGCCUCUUCAACUGUUCUCACCAAACUUUCCCAUCCGCUCCUGCUGCUGACUGAACUAGCCUCCUGGGGGCAAAAAUACUGUAAAUGAGAAAAGCUUUUGUAUUUUUUCCCUUCAAAAUGGUCAUGGGGAAGAACAGGAGAGCUUCAUGAAUAAGUUAUUCAGCAAAGCCACAGAUAAGCGCAUCAGUUAAAACUGUUCAUUGAGACAAAAAUGUGAAAUUUAUGACUUUUUUUUAAUCUUAACUGAGUUUUAAGCUUUAACAUUCAAGUUUUUCUUUGUACUUGAAAAGUCUAGUCUGCCAGUUUCAAGGACAGUUUUCAGUGUGUUUGAUUAUUUCUUCUUCUCCCUCCUCCUCCUCCUCCUCCUCCUCCUCCUCCUCCUCCUCCUCCUCCUCCUCCUCCUCCUCCUCCUCUUCUCCUCCUCUCUCUCUCUCUCUCUCUCUCUCUCUCUCUCUCUCUCUCUCUCACACACUACACACACACACACACACACACACACACACACACACACACACACGUGCAGUGGCUAGUGAGUUCUGAAGAACUAGGGACUCUUAGAUAUGAUUGGAACUAAGGUAACAAGCUAAGGAGAAGCUCAAUUUGAACUCUGAUGGAAAGGCUCAAAGCCUGGAACUUUCAGAUACUUCUCUGUUGCAUUGAUUGUAUUUUUCUGCUCAGCUCUGUUCAGAGGUAGCAUUUACAUUUCUCAGAGCUUGCAUUCCAGGCAUGUAACACAUUGAUCCUGAAUGAGUCUUUAUUCCUAAUAAGGCUUAUUUGACCACCUGAGAAAGGAUGUGACCAUCUGCAAGUAAUUUGGCUCCUGCUUACAUGUAGCUCUAAUCUUACAGAAAUGUGCAUAUAUAUGUAAGAGGCCAUUUUUCAUAUGAACUCAAUUCUGAAGUGUUCAGAGCAUAGUAAUUUUAUUUGAUUUAAAAGCACAAGUGUAUGAAAUUUAUCAGCAGUAUUAAGUAUUUGAUCAUUAGAGCUACAUGAUUUUGGGGUGAAUUUAUUUUAAUAUCUAUUGAUCUCUGGAUGUAAUAUUUGACAAAGGAUUGACAGAGAACCAUAGCCAAUUUUGGUUAUAGUAAAUCUUGGCUCCUAGUAUAUGACGAUAGAAUGUAAAACUAUUUCCACAAAUAAUUUUUUAAUUUCUGGAAGUACACAAACUUAUGUAUGAGAUGUAAUUGAGAAUCAUUGAUUAAAUUAGUUUCUCUUUUAGUGUUGCUAAUCACAUGGAAUCAGUUCCAGAAAGUGGUUGUUUGCUCUAAACAUUUCACACAGUAACUUCUAACGAGGUGAAAAGUUUCAGAUUUCUCAUCGUGUAAUUGUUAAUAUGUCAAUCAUGGAUAAAUUAAAUUUGAUGUAUUUUUUUUCUUUUUUGGUACAAACAGGUUGUUUUGGGAUGUUUUAUACUACUUCAGGAAAUUUAUUUUUGUUUUUAUUGCAAGACCCUUUGGGGAUACCAGAGAUGGCACCCUUUAUCUAAGUAAGGACUAAGAAUUCCAGAGUGACUAUGCUUUAUAAAAUUUUAUGUAUUAGAACUGUGGAGAGAGAAAAAUGAGGAGGGAAUGUUUUUUUUGCAGCAGUUUCAGUCACAUGUCAGGGUGAACUUCAAUGAAGGUCAACUUUUAAAGUCAGUCUUUUAAAAUACAAAAUUAUUUAAACAAAAUUAUUUAAAAUUAUUUUAAAGAUAAUUCAUUUGCCUUGUUCUUGCCUUCUAACAUUAGCCAUUUCCUGGAGAGGCUGAAGUUAUACUCCAAAAAAAAAUAAAAAAUAUGGAAAGACAUUUUAAUGGGAGUUAAGUUUUAAAAACUUGAGAAAGGAUCAAGACUUACAGAUAUGCAUCUUUUUAGCUGUACCCUUCCUUUGAUACAUAGGUACCUAGGCUCUUAAUUUCUUCCACCUGCUCCAUGUCAAACAGGUGGCAGGGAAUCUGGUCAUUUCCUUAGCAUGGUGAUUACUCCUUUGCCUUGAAACAUUUAUUGGGCACACCAUCUAUUGGGUCAGUGUGUGACAGGAAGUCAUACUCCCAAAUUAGUGAUUCCCAAUUCCUGGUUUGGGGAACCACUAUGUCUCACACUGUAUUAAGGGACAAUAAGAAUUUUUGAAACAAAAGUAAAUAAAAAUUGAUUUAAGAUAUUGAAUGUGCCAUAUAGCUCUGUUCCUUAUUUAAUGAACCAUGUUUUCCCCUGUAUUCUACACUUCCUGUGUGAGCCUGAGCGUGUUUCUACCAGAGUCUGUGGGGACAUCAAAUAUAGAGUGAGGCAGUCCAUAUUUACUGGUAAGAAGUGUUGAGGACCUUUUGGACACAAUUUCUAGUUCUGCCCAUAUGCCUCUUCCCUGGUACUGCACUUUACCUGAAACUGUGCCUCUGGUCCCAAGACCAGCCAUUGGAACAUAUUAUUCACUCACUCCUCUCUUAUAGCAAAGGACCAGCCAGGAUGGUACAUGUCAACUAAUCAAGCACCGGGAAGACAAGUACAGCUGAUGUUUCUCACUAUUGCCUUAUUCUCUGAGCCAUCUUUGAUUUCAAUUUUGUAAAAAACUUACGAGGUAGAAGCAAAACGUCUUUUAAACUCAGAGCUUGUAUGUGAUGGUCAUCCAACAUCCUUAUUUCUAGAUUUGUGCAAAUCCAUCAACAGUCUUUUUCUGUAUCAUGCAUGUAUUUAGAUGCUACAUUAACAUGAGCCAACUUGUGUUGAAAAUAUUGGGCAUAAUAUCCAAAUUGGUGUUAUUUAGGAUGACUGCAUAAUCUUUAUUAGAGAUUUCAUGAGAAAUAGAAGAUAAUCCUUUGUUUGCAAUUUAAACUUUUAAAAAAAUCUUAUUUUGGGGGACUCAGUUAUGUGUUUGUUUAUAUAUAAUACUAUGUCAUAGGAAGUUAAUGUUUACUCCAUUUUGAUCCCCUGUUCACUUUUCUGUAUCUCUGUUCCACAUCCCCUGACUCUUAAAUCCAUUUUUCAUCUGUGAGGUCAUUGAGGCACUGGACUUGAUUAUAUUGGUAACCUACAAGGGGAGUUGAACUGUUGAUCUUCCAAGAAGAAAGGGACCAGACAGUGUUGCUUAAAAUGCUGCAGUUGUGUUACUGUGAAGAAAAGAUUUGCUUCCACUUUUAGCAGGCCAUAUCUAUAUUCAUUUUGGUAAAAAUAGGUGGAAAAAUCUGAGAACAUAAUUACCUUCACAAAUUAUUUAUAGGUACACUGGGCAAGAAGCUUACUGUAGGGCAGUCACUAGAAAAAAACAACUGUAGUGCUUUCAAAAGUGUAAUAUUUGUAUCUCUUUCCAUGCCAGCAAUGCCCGCUGCGCACUGUGUCCUAUUACUGUAAAUCACCUGGUUUUUAAUUCUAAUGGGAACUAACUUGUUUUGUAAUGGAAUCCAGAGCAGAUAUGUAUAAUAUGACCAGGAUUGUCCUACAGUUGUAAAUAAGAAUAGGUCCUGUUUAUUUUGACAUCUUUUUACAAAUGCAUUGUAUUAGGGUGUGAAUAUUCUGAACCAUGCUCUUGUUUAAAGUUUUGAAAUUUUUAUUGGUAAAUGUAACAUUUUAAUGGUUGUAAUAAUUAUUUGUAUAGAUAUAAAUAUAGUAUUUUAUUUAAGAAAAUAAACUUUGCAUUUUUGCAUUGUGAA